AUGAAGAUAAUAAAUAGUUUUCUUAUUACAUUAAUUUUUGUUCAAUUAAUUUUACAAAUUAAUGGUAUAAAUGAAAGUUUAUUUAAUCAAAACAGACAAGUUAGAAAAUCAAAUUUAGAAGAUGAUAUACCAUUAUACUUUUCAGUAUUACCUUUUGCAAGAGGUAAUUAUUCAUGCUCAUUUGGUGGUAUUUAUGGAAUUGGAUUCCUUGGUUUAAUAAAUCAAUGUGUCAAUGAUCCAUAUAAUCCAGAUUAUAAUUAUUACAUUUUCUUACAAGAGCAAGGUUCAGAUAAUGAACAAAUUGUGUAUCAAUUACAUAAUAAAACCGAUACCGAUUGUACUGGUGAACCACCAUUUUCAAAUUAUCAUUUCAUAAAUAGAGAGGGAACAUGUGAUGCCGCCCCUAACUUUAUCGGUUUAGAGGAUCAAAUUGUAGAUUUAUACAACGAAAAUAAUGGUCAAAGAUAUCUCUAUGAUGAACCUGCCUUUAUAACUGUUUCCGAUAUGCCAUAUUCUGCUCAUAACUCUGUAUUCUUUGCUCUUUAUAAUCAAAGUUUUUGUAGUUCUGAAGCUCAAUAUCCACACUAUGCAAAAGUUUUUUCAAUUGGUUUACAAAUGUUAACUCAAGAAGGUGUCACCUAUUUCUAUUCAUGUGAUCCACAUACUUAUCUUCCACAAAUUACACUCUGUAAAAGUAAGGAUAAUUGUGAAACUAAAGCUUUAGAUAAUAGUUGUUCACUUGUAGAUGGUACAGAAGAUGUUUAUCAACAAAUCUUCUGUUCCCCAAGUUUUCAAUAA